GCGAGUCAUCGGUUAAGGAUGAAAAUAACAACAAAUUAGACAAAAAUGACAAAUCAGACAACAAAAAUAACAAAUCAGAUGACAAAUCAGAUAACAGAUUAGAUGAUAAAUUAGAUAAUAAAUCAGACGAAAAUAACAAAUCAGAUGAUAAAUCAGAUGACAAAAACAACAAAAAUAACGAUGAAAAAUUAGACAAUAAUAACAUUAAAAAAAUACUUUUUGGAUAUCUCAGGGAAUUUCCUCAGGGUAAAUUUAAUGGAAUGUUAGAGGAUAAUGGUUUGAUAGAUCAGAUGAUAAAUUCAUCUGCUGAGUUAACUGAUAGGCAGAAG